UGUAUGUUUUCUAUCUCUCUCUCUCUCUCUUCUGUCAUACGUACACUCUGUCCCCUUGACACUCUUUGUCUCUCCUCCAUCUACAAAACUAUGUACUAUAUAUUUCACCUUUCUUUAUUGCAUAAAUAUCAUAUGAAAAAGACCUCUCUAACCCACCUCACACAUUAUCCUUUUCAUCACAAUCACAAUCACCCUUCUUCUCUUCCUCCUCCCUCCACCACCACCAUGCAUAUGCAUCAAAUCAAAUGAUCAACUCAUUCAACUAAAAUUUCUUUACAACUUUUUUCUCUCUCAAAACCAUGCCAUCAAAUAAUUUCAAAAACACACCUUCAACUAAACAAGAUCAUGAAAACCAACAAGGUUCUUGUUCUUCUUUAGAUUCCAAAAAACCACCAACAAGACCAUCAUCAUCACAAAAUCAACAAGGAGUUAUAAAAUGUCCAAGAUGUGACUCUCCCAACACAAAAUUCUGCUACUACAACAACUAUAGCCUCACACAACCAAGACACUUUUGCAAAACUUGUAGAAGAUAUUGGACUAAUGGUGGAGCCUUGAGAAAUGUUCCAAUUGGUGGUGGUUGUAGAAAGAAACAAAAGCUCAAAACUUCAUCAAGGUUCUCAUCAUGUAAUGAAUCCAUUAACAAGUUUUCACCUUCCCUUGAUUUUCAUCUUGGUAAUUUACCUUUACCUUUACUACCCUUUUCUCCAAAGCUUCACCUUCAUAAUUUUCAACCUUCUUUCUAUAAUAAUAACCAAUUCUCUUCAAAUUCAAACACUACAACUUCUUCAACUUUCCAACUUGAUCCAUCUAGUACUAGCUCAAAUUCAUUGAUGGGUCUAAAUUUAUACCCUUUUUCAUCUACAAUUGGAAGUGGAUUAUUCAAUGGUGCAAAUGAAAAUCCAAUUCAACAAGGAAUGAAUCUCAUGAAUGUGAAUUCUACUUCUACUACUAGUAACAGUACUAGUCUUGCUACUUCUAUUGAAUCAUUGAGUUCUAUGAACCAAGAUUUGCACUUGAAGCUUCAACAACAAAGAUUAGCAACAAUGUUUGGUGGUGGAGAUAAUGAUAACAAGAAAGAACAAAGUAGCAAUGUUUUGACUCAACCAAUUUUGUUUCAGAAUCUUGAUGUUUCAAAGACAGAGAUGUUUGGUGAUUUAAGAAAAGAUCAAGGUUCAAGUGGUGAUGUACCAAUGGAAUGGUUUUUUGGUAAUUCUUAUUCAUCAAUGAUAACUCCAACAACAACAAUUAAUGGUGGUAAUGAUAAUGGAAACAACAAUUGGAGUAAUGGUGUUAAUGUUUGGGGUGAUGUUCAGCAGCAACAACCAUAUACUGCUUUGCCCUAGAUCAAGGAAAGAGCUGAAUUCAUUGAUUAUGAGAGAAACUGAGUGAUUUCAGCUACUGAUCAAUGCAAUACACAAAACAUGGCAAUGUAGCAGUGAGUGAUGAAAGCCUGUAACAUUGCUCUUUCGUUGUCUCAAUCCCAAUUUUCCCUCUGUACCUUUCUAUGUUACUCCUAAGCUUGCUGUUUGAUUUGGUGUCUGAUAAAGUGGUGGUUUGAGACUGCUAAAGUUUAAUGAAACACUGCAAACUUUUUCAUCAGUUAAUUGAGAUGACAAAAUCAAAUGCUUUUAGAUUUAUAAGUUUUUUUUAUCAUUUACUGGAUUUUGAUUUAUAAGUUCAAGUUCAAUUAUGC